AUGCUGACAGACACACUUAAAAACGCUGUCGUUUCAAACAAUCCAAAACGUCUUUAUGGUUUAGUUCUUUCGAUUUUCUCCUUCGAUUUCUUCUUCCUCCGGCUUCCAAGUCGCCGGAUCUUCCGGAUUCCGAUUCACUUCCGUUUCCUCCGUACCCAAACUCCUACGCUUCCUGCUUCCUCUGAUUCCUCCUUGUUUCAGGAAGAGGCAUAUGAUUGGUGUGUAAUCCUGAAUUUCCGGCGAUUUGGUGAACUUGUGGAGAAAUUUCGAGUUCAUUAG